AUGGCUCUCACCGGGCAGACGGGACGGUUGGUCGCCGAUCCUACGAUCGGUGUGGAAGAUAUGACGGUUGUGUUCGAGGCCUGGUUGAAAUCCCGAGGCACACGGGACUUCUUCAAGGAAUUCAACAUGCCUCGUGGACUCACCUUCAAAAAGGCCCCGAUAGGCACCUGGCUUGCCGGGGUAGCCGACCUGUGCAAAGAGAUCAUGACCCUCGCCCCGAACGGCAUGCUCGCUCCGAAGAAGGUGAGAACAGCCUUGGGCAAAAUGAAUGACAACGAUAAAGUGAAUAUGGUCAUUGACGAGGGCAUCAGGAUCGGGUGUGCAAUGCUCAGGUGCCUCAAGAUGGAAGCCAAGAGCAAACAGCGGUGCUUCGUUUUGAUGACAGGGGCUGAGCAGACUUCAGUGCAGGGUGUCCUCGACAUCAUGAAUUGCAGUCCCUCCCCAGAUGACGGAUCUCAGGAGUCUGUCAGCGAUCCUACCCGUGCUCUCAGUGAGCCUCCUCGUGAGAUGCUUGCUUUGACAGAUGCUCCCGGUGAUGCAAAGCCCUUGGAAGACGACACCCUGUCCCUCAGCCCGAGGCCCAGCUUCCGUCGCUCGAAGCAGCUCGACCCCAUGGCAGUCUUUGACAGAGUUCUGAGCAGAGUAAGCUCAGAAGAGGCAGAGCCGGAGGAUCUUCCUGAAGCUAGUAGCAGCAGUCAUGCUGGACCUCAUGCAAGCACUGCCACCCCCAUGGACAUGCAGUUCGCCUAUUUGCUGAGCCAAGCCGAAUGUGUGGAGCCCUUGGACAACAAAGCCCAGUUGAUCAUUUUCCGCAAAAACUCCACCCAGAAGAAGGGAAAAGGGAAAGGCCAGCAGAAAGAUCAGGCGAAAAAGACGACCGACAAUGUGAAGAUCCCUAAGUCGAAGGCAAGCAAGGUGAAGGCCGACGAGUCCCUGAAGAGCGAGGCCCCAGAGAUCUCCGAGGAGAAGGACAAGAUCCCUGUAACCAGGUGCUUCAAGAAGAGCCCAGCGAUCCCCAAGACCGACGAGAGCCCAAAGUCUGAGCAGUCGACCCCGAAAGCCAAGGCGAGCCCGAAGUCAACCAAGGCGAGCCCGAAAUCGACUCCGAAAUCCAAGGCGGCCCCCAAGGCCAGUGCUGAGAAGAACAAGAAGAAGACCGAGUCCGCCAACAGCAAGAGGACGAAGACCGAGCCUGAGGUGAAGAAGCCCGCCGAGGAUGAGCAUGAUGGUGCAGGCAAGAAGAAGAUGAAGAUGGACAGAACAGCUAUCCGGAAACGACUGGUCUCCAAAGCCUACCACAACGAGAGAGAUCAGAAGAUGAAGGCGGGUGUUGACAAGGAGAGGGCCGCCGAAAUGGGUCGUGCAGCUGCCAAACGUGCAGGUGAUCAGUUUGACGAGGAGAAUCCCAAGGAGAAGAAGGCCAAGUUGAACCCCGAGGAAGAGGAACGAGAUCAUGAGUCUGAGUGUGCAGAUGCUGCUAACCCCGAGGGUCCUGACCAGGAGGCUGAUUAG